AUGUGGCUAGGAUCUACCGCCGGCGUUGCCCGUGGCCCUCCACCACGCGCAGCCCAGCCUACACCUUUGCAGCAGGCUCUGGUGGCCGGCGUGCCACCAGCAUACUUCACUCCACCGCCGGCUUCCCGGUCCUACUACCCGCAGCCCCCUCAAGUACCCUCUGCUUGGACGCCCUGGACACUCGAGGGUCUCGCCAACGCCUUCAGCACCGUCUCUCUCACCCCACCACCGAGUUCCUCGGAUUGGGUGAUCGACUCGGGUGCCUCCUCCCACAUCACCGCCAACCCUGGUAUGGUCACUGCUACACCAUCUUCUUCUUUUCCUUCCUCCAUUGUCGUAGGUAACGGUGCCACCCUUCCUGUAAUUGGCACUGGCUACUCCGUCCUUCCCAGACCCUUUCGCCUCAACAAUGUCCUUGUCGCUCCUGAUAUUAUCAGAAAUCUGCUUUCAGUUCGAAAAUUCACUACUGACAAUUCUGUUUCUGUCGAGUUUGACCCUCUUGGUGUUUCUAUGAAGGAUCUAUGUACCCGGAACACCCUCCUCAGAUGUAACAACAUGGGGCCUCUCUACACCCUUCAGCUACCUUCAUCCACCACCGGCUCAUGCGCCCUUGUCGCCACUCCUUCACCGACUACCUGGCACAGGCGCCUUGGUCACCCCAACAAGGCCACUCUUCAGUCCCUCACGCAGUCCUCCUCCAUUGUCUACAGCAAGCCUGAAGAUGACUCCCUCUGCCACGCCUAUUAG